CAUUGACCGAUGGUUGGGUUGGUCGUACAAGUCGCUUGGAUCCAACGGUCCUUGCUCGAGAUAAUACCGUUGGUUGUAUAUAUCCACGUCCUCCCCAACCUACGAGAAAAUAGCAACGAGGUUAGUACAUAGAUUAAUUAAAAAGCUUAUAACAACAACAAAAAUUAAAUCAGAAUAAUGAGUACGUACCGCUUGAAAUUCAUCAACAUAAACUCCUUCUCCUUGCCACCAAUCGGCCAUUUUUUCGGCGCAAUUCAGAUAGAGCUUCGGCUCGGCGGGUUUUGAGGAAAAAACCUAAGAAAUGUUUUCUGAUGGCAGAUCGGACUUAGCCGCAACCAACAGACCACUAUUUCCUAGGCUUUUGGGAGGGGAGGGUUUAGAGAGAUAAAUUGUAGAGAGAGAAGGAAGAAUGGGUUGUGGUGUGAAGAAAUGAGAGGGGGAGGGGUGGGUAUUUAUACCCAUCAGACCGCACCCUCCAGGGGCGGUCGGGUAAUUUUGCCCUAAGCUAAAUCGCACCCUCCCGAUGCGUUUUGCGCUUCCCUAGGGUUGACCGCAUCUCGGGCGUGCGAUCUGAUAUCCUUGGCGCGGAUCGCUCCGCUGGCAAGCGUUCAGCCGCCCGAUCGCCCCUCCAUCCAACGGUCUUGAAGACCGUUCCGCAGCAGCAUUAAAUCGCACCGCCCUAGUGCAUUUUAUAAGCUGGAACGCACCCCUAUGGUGCGUUCCAUUAAAAAUGGUGCUAUUUCUGUCAAUUUUUUCAUAUGGGUGCUAGUUUUGUAAUUUUUUUUAAAGGUGCUAUUGUUGGAAAAAUCCCACUAUUUUGCUCACGAAUUAUUAGGGAUGGGCAAUAGGUGAAUUAGGUGGGGUUUUGGGCCAAAUCCACCCAACCAUUGUUAUGGUGGGUGACGAAAAAGUGACCCACACCCACCCAUAUGUAUCGUAGUGGGUGAGUUGGGUCGGUGAUAGCAUAUGGUGGGUGGGUCAUCCCUAACGCCACAGAUUCACACAAGCUCACAAAGCGUGUGCUCUAUCUCAUGUACAACAUGAGGGAUGGGGGCCACAAGCUUCACCUGGGUUCUCUUCUGGCGCAGACAUUUCUUAAGUGCCACAAGAAGGCCACCCACCUCUUCUGCGUUUCCCUGAUAACUAUUUUGUCAUGCCACUUUGCACUGGAUCUACGAGGCCUGAUAGACACCACUGUCUGCCACGACUCGCACCCCGUCGGUAGGGACGUCCUUCGUAGCGCCCUUUUGUUUAAUGUUGCUGAUGGUAGGGAGUGGGUCGACGGUCUCUCCCUUCCCCCUGAUGCUGAUGAGGAUGAUGAAGACUAUAAUGAGGAAGACAAGGACGCAGAGGAGAAUGAUGAUGAUUAUGAUGGUAAAGCUAUGGUUGCCAAUGAGAUGGACCCUCGGCUGUCCCCGCCAAGGGAUCUUCCUCCACGACAAAGACCUGAGUGAGGCGAGUCCUCUCCGGUCCUUCUGUUCCGUCGAUGGAGUUCUUCAUCGACUAGUUCCAACAACUCCAUCUCUAGAAACAUCAGCUCCUAACUCAGCUUGACUCCUGCAUGGGUCGCCUUGAGUCCGAACAGGGCGUGCUCAAGUCUCAUAUCGAGCGGGAGCGUGGCCGCAGCUGCCAGCUGAUGGAGUACCAGGAGCACCUCCUCCAGUCAAUCCACUAAGAGCACCACUAGACUACCCCGUGGGAGGCCUCCCCACCACCUCUACCGCCUCCUCCACAAGGGGAUACUGAUGACAUCAUGGACCACAUCGAGUAGGUUGUACCCGCUGGCUCCCUCUCUCUGUUUGUUCUAGUGUUUGUUUAGUGUAUGUGUUGUUUUGGGAGGAGUGCUGACUGGAUUAUUUGUGUUUGGUUUUUUUUUUUUGGAUAUUGUGUCAUUGUGCUGACAAUUCUUCAUAAGGAUUUUGUGUUCGAGUGGCUGUUUUGUUUUAGCCCUUGUUCUUGCCACGACAGGUCCCACUGCUAGUCUUCCUUGAUGACUGGUCCACUUUUCAGUCCUAUUGCAGUCCAUUUAUUCGGUCUUCUCCAUUGAGGGCAAUGUCGAUCUUAAGUGUCAGGGUGUUUCUAUUUGACUGUUUAUAUGUGUUUAUGUGCUUGGAGUCUAGUCCACUGUCCAAAUCUUUGAUUUGAGGGCUCCAAGUACGUGUUUCGUGCAAUUGCCUACUCGGUAUGCUUUGAAUUGACAGUCUUUAUAGUACUAUGCAACCUAGUGAGGUAGUUGUAGUGCUAUGGAGGAUGUUGAUGCAUUAAUAUGUUUCCUUUCUUCUUCAUAUUGUAUUGGUUGAUUUUGAAAAUUAGUGAUCUUAGGACAUUGGAAUCGUGUGGUAUUGAUGACUCUCUACCUAUCAUGGACUCCUGUAUCAUGUUUUGAAAAAAGGCACUCUAAAUUGUGCUUUCAAAAUAAUGUCUCCAAAUGUCCCCCGUGUGGCAAUCAGUGAAAGUGUGUGUAAGGGGAGAGGGGAAUCCGUUCCCAAUUUCCACAUAUUACCCCCAGCUCCCUUACUCACCUUUCCCCCGCAUGAGACUUGCUUGAGACAUCUGCUCCCGGCAUGGUCGGUAAGAGCCGAGAUCCCUCGAAACCUUUGCUAGGUGGUAGCCCCAUUUUCAGGAAAUGAUAGGUUGGAACCCUUGCAAACAAAGAAAAGAUAAACAAACAAGAAAAUUAAUGAAAGAAAAAUUGCGGGGGAAGGGGGGGGGGGGGUGUUACAACCAUCUUAAAAAAAAGAGUACCUAAAAAUUUGAGUCCAUGAUUUUCUAUUUUUGAGAGUCGCUUAUCCACGGAUCAUUUGUCGUAAGGCCACUACUUGGCAUGAUCCCGAUUCGGGGCUAGAGUUCUCGCUUAAGAAACUAGGAGGUGGCUUGUGCAUUGGUUGACCUCGUAAGCUGCUAAAUGAAUUAGGACGUCCUUU